CAGUGAGAUUUAAUACUUAAGUGAAGCUGGUAGUUGUAUAUAAAAUUUUAUCGGUGAAAAAAACAAUUGAACUAGGAGCAAAGAGUAAAAUAUAUUUAUAGGUGGCGAUAAAGUAACGGAGUUUCGAGAUGUCACGGACGUGCAAUUUGUUGACAGGACGCAAUUAUUUGUCGAUAUUCAAGGCGGGAAAACUCUUCGUGAGAUCAUAUGUCACCAACACGACUUUUGAGAGCGAGAAGUAUAUCGAGAGUGACGACAGCAAUGGGGUGAAAACAAUUACUCUGAGCCAUGAAGCAUCGAGAAAUUCCCUGUCACUGGAGAUGAUGAAAAUAUUAACCUGGAAUUUAGAACGAGACGAUGAUAAAGAAUCAUUGAGAGCGAUUGUAAUAGCUGCAGCACCUGGGAAAGUAUUUUCAGCCGGUCAUAAUCUGAAAGAACUGACAACGGCAAAAGGUAACAAACAUCAUUAUGAAGUCUUUGAAACAGCUGCCAAUUUAAUGAAGACAAUAACUAAUUCUCCAGUUCCUGUAAUUGCUGCUGUUGAUGGUCUUGCUGCAGCAGCUGGAUGUCAACUAAUCAGCUCUUGUGAUAUUGUUAUUUGUACGGAAAGAAGUAGCUUCUCUACUCCUGGAGCAAACUUUGGAAUAUUUUGUUCAACUCCAGGAAUUCCUCUGGUACGCAACGUACCUCAAAAAAUAGCAUCUUACAUGCUGUAUACUGGUCUUCCCUUAACUGCCCAAGAAGCUUUAAAUGCUGGACUCGUCAGUAAAGUUGUGCCUAAUGACAGACUUUAUGAAGGAGUGAAAGAAAUAACGGACGCAAUUAAAGCCAAAAGCCGAGCUGUCGUUCAACUAGGAAAGAAAUUCUUGUUCGAGCAACAAGAGCUUGACCUUUCCUCGGCCUAUUACUAUGGCACCGAAAUUAUGUUGCAGAAUUUGGAGUUGAAGGACGCUCAGGAAGGAAUCAAGAGCUUUGUAGAAAAACGUAAGCCUGUUUGGAACAAUAAAUUCGAAAAAGAUGAAGGUUUAGAAUAAAAAUAUACAAAAUUUCUGAGUAAUUUAUCAGGAAUUUAAAAAUUAUUUUCAAUACUUAAAAAGUCUUGAUAAACGUGAGAUAAAUAAAUAAAAUAUUGAUAUUUCUGGAUAAUUUAUAUAAAUAAUUAUUGCAAUUUGUUUAUUGUUAAAAAGUUCACGGGGGAGAUGUUUGACGUCAAACAAAGUCAAGAUUAAAAAUUAUUUUCUUAGGUCAAAGAUUGUCGAUUAAAAAUAUCCGAUGAUUCAAUCGAAAAUUUAAGUAUUUUCAUUGGAGUUAAUUAAGAUGAAUAAAUUAAUAAUAGUUUCGAAGACUAAACUGAUACUUAUAUUCUCUAACAACUGUAUAAUAAUAUAUUUAUACUCUAAUUAAAACUUGAAGAUGGAUUUUCAUUCUGUCCGAAGUGCAGCGAUAAGUAGAGCGAUAAAUCCCUCACUUAGACUGCGUAUGGAAAUGCAUGACCCCAAAUUAAUGUUCCUCAUUUGCGUAAAAACCCGAUAUUGAUAAUAUUAAAAAAGCAAAACAGGAACUUAGAGGUUUAGAAAUCCUUUGGUGGUCGCUGAGUAUCGGGAGUUUAUUAUUGCCGUCUGAUAACCCUGUCAAUAAAAAAUACCAAUUACGCAACAAAUAAAUAAAAAUAUUAUGCUGUGUUCUAGGAAAAUAAAAAUGGCCUUGAAUUUUGUACUGAAAUCUUUAAAAAAAAAUUAAUACUUAUUGUGUAAUAAUUUGUGAUAGUUAAUAUAUUAUCUAAUUAAAAUAUUUUAAUCUAA